AUGCCAAACGGUCUCAGAUCCACCGGCGUGAAGUUCGACCCUGUCACAGGCGAUGUCAUAUGGUCGCCGCCAGACGCCAUGCCCACAGAGGUUGCCGAAGCGGCAACCCCCGUGCAGCUGAGCGACGCCGUCUAUUCCUCUUCGAGCGAGAGGUCGUCUCAGCAAGAGGUUGACCCUCAAGAGCCGUCGCCAGGUGUUGGGUUGGACUUCCCCGAGCACGAGCCUCCGCUUACGCCGGAGCCGUCGCCGCCAGAGCACGAUGAGGAGGCGCCACGCCUUCUCCCUGUGGAGUCGUCGGGCCUGCGGGAGCCUCCGCUUACGCCGGAGCUGCCGUCGCCUCCGGAGCACGAUGAGGAGGCGCCACGCCUUCUCCCUGUGGAGUCGUCGGGCCUGCGGGUGGAGGGGGACGUGCCGUGGGCCGAACCGCCGUCCUUGCCCGCAGAGGCGGACGAGGCGGCCCUCAGCCAACGGCUCAGCACCGGAAGCCCGACAGUCGACUCGGACGGCACGAGCGACGCCCGGCGCUCGCGUGUCAGCUCCAGCGACUCCAGGGCGGCCGACUCGGACGGCGAGGUGCGGCGGUCGCGUGCGAGCUCCACUGCGCUCGAGCGUGUCCGGAGGGCAAAGCUGACGCGGGCGAGAGCCUCGCAAGGGCACAGGCCGUCGGUCUCUCCGCACCCGCCCGAGCCGCCGUCAGACCGCCGCUCGAGCGACGACGUCACGGCCGCGGGCCGCUUCAUGACGUCUUCGUCUUCCUCCGGCUUGAAGGUGGACUCGGGCACUUCCGACUCGGACUCGGACGGGCCGCAGGAGCCGCCAACGCCGCAGCCGCGCCGUCCGCCGCUCCCGUCGGCAGAGUCGUCAGACUUGUGGAGCAUAUCCACUAAGUCGGACCGGCCGCCCUCGCCGGGCGCGCCCUCUCGGCAUGAGUUUGUCCUCGUUAUGCCCACGCCCAGCGACGACGAGGCGCCGAGCGACGACGCCGUCAAAGAGGCCCCGUGGCGGGAGGGGCAGUCCGGCUCUGCGCUUGGCGGCAAGGGGGGGUGGGGCGGCACCGACGAGGCGGAGGCCUCGCUCGAGGCGAGGAGCGCCUACUCGCGGGCGCGCAAGCGCCUCUCGGCACUGGCCUCGGCCUCGGGCUUGGGCAGCGCACACCGCCGGCAGGAGAGGCUGAUUGCGACCCUCGACCUCAGUGGCAACAACUCCGCGCUUGUCGGCGGCCUGACCCGCUCGGACCUCAUCCUCGCCGUCGACACCAAUGUCUGGGAAGCCGGGACGCCGAAGAUCACCUCGAUUGAGGUGUCGCAGAGCUUCGAUGUGGUCGCGGAGAGGCCCUCUGACACGGCAGGAGUUGGCGCGGCAGCCGAGCCGUGGACUGGCGACUGGCAGACGCUCCUUUGCAGCGCAAGCGCGUUCCCUGCCAGCGACUACGGCGACUGCACUGCGACGGCCUCGCCCUCGGGCCAGCGGCGGCUCAGCGAGACGUCGCGCUUUAUCGGCACCGUUGUGGCGGAGCUGAUUGCGGCGGACCGGCCGGUGGCGCGCCUCCCUGACUUUGUGGGCGUCGAGGUUGCUUCGGUGGCCCUGACCAGCGUCAAGGUGGUGACGAGCACAAUCGCGGCGCCGUCCAACCGCGAGAACCUCGAGGAAGAGGCCGCCAACAUCCUCAGCGCGCAGGAGAACGCCGUCGCAAGCGCCCUUGCGUCGAUCGUCGAGGUGUCCGAGGGCGACCCUCUGGACCUCGUGGCCACGCAGGGGCCGCCGCUCAGUGCGCAACCAGCGUCCGUGUACCGCGACGACAUGGGCUGCGACCCCAUCGAACCGAGCGGGCGACAGGGGUGCGUCUGCCACGUGCCGAUGGACGAAGCCGCCUCGAACGGCCAGUGA